UUUUUGAAAAAAAGCGCAAGCUGGCGUCGCAUUCCUUUAAUGCCAGGUCCCUAAAAUCGAAAUUGCCGAAAGUGCCGGGUUGCCAGUGGAGAUCCCACGUUCCAUCGCGAUCUAGACCAAUCCAAAAUUGUUAGUUCCCCCGGGGCGCCGCUAUUUCCAGUUACUGUGUUUCCCAGAGGGAUCUUCUUGUUUUCCUGUAGUCCACGAAUCGGAUCUAUCGAAAGCGGCUGCUCCGGAAAAAGAUGUCCUGCGAGGAUCCCAAUUCGGUGGCCGUGGCGCUGCGCGUGCGUCCUUUGGUGCAGUCCGAGUUGGAUCGCGGCUGCCGGAUCGCAGUGGAACGGUCGACGGAUGGAGCACCACAGGUCACGGUCAACCGGAAUGAGGCGUACACGUACAACCACGUCUUCGACAUCGGGGACACCCAGAAGGAAAUCUUCGAAACCUGCGUACAGGGCAAACUGAAGAAGCUUCUGCACGGCUAUAAUGUCACGAUCCUCGCCUAUGGUCAAACAGGCUCUGGGAAGACCUACACCAUGGGCACGGCCUUUAACGGAGUGCUGGAUGAUCAUGCGGGUGUCAUACCACGCGCCGUUCACGACAUAUUCUUGGCCAUUGAAGAGAUGAGAGAGGAGUUCCGCUUUGAGAUCACCUGCUCCUUUGUGGAGCUCUACCAGGAGCAGUUCUACGACUUAUUUUCGGCGCAAAAACGGGAAAAGGCCACCGUGGACAUCAGGGAGGUCAAGAACCGGGUGGUCAUGCCGGGUCUCACGGAACUAGAGGUCAAAUCCGCCCAGGAGGCGACCGAGCACCUAAUGCGCGGCUCUGCCGGACGGGCUGUGGCCGCCACAGCCAUGAAUGAGACCUCCUCGCGAUCGCAUGCUAUCUUCACAUUGACCCUGGUGGCCACAAAGCUGGAUGGCAAGCAAUCGGUCACCACAUCCCGGUUCAAUCUGGUGGAUCUGGCAGGCUCGGAACGCUGCUCAAAAACUCUGGCCAGUGGGGAUCGCUUCAAGGAGGGUGUCAAUAUCAACAAAGGCCUUUUGGCCUUGGGCAAUGUGAUCAAUGCCUUGGGCUCUGGCCAGGCCGCUGGCUAUAUACCCUAUCGCCAGUCUAAGCUGACGCGUCUGCUGCAGGACUCCCUGGGUGGCAACUCUAUCACCUUGAUGAUUGCCUGCGUCAGUCCGGCGGACUACAAUGUGGCAGAAACCCUGAGCACCCUUCGCUAUGCGGAUCGGGCCUUGCAAAUCAAGAACAAGCCCGUGGUCAAUCUCGAUCCGCAUGCGGCGGAGGUCAAUAUGCUGAAGAACAUCAUCCAGAAGCUGCGUGUGGAGCUUUUGGCGGGCGGCAAAAUGAGCAGCUCCAUAACCAGUGCAGUGGGUGCCGCCGGCUUGGGUCCCGUCCCCAGCGAGGAGUCCCUAACUGGCUCCAUGGCCAAUGCUGCUGAGAACCAACGUCUCAAAGAGCAAGUGCGCAGUCUUCUGGAUAGGAAUAGGAAACUGCAGCAGGAGCUCCAUCACUCGUUGGCCGAUCUAACCGAGAAGGAGAUGCGAGCCCACAUCGUCGAGCAGGCUCACGAUAAACUCCGCAGCCACGUGCUGCAACUAAAGAGUAAACUGGAGCAGCAACAGGCCGGAUCGGGAGCUGGGGACGCAGAUGAUGGCCGUCAACUGCAGGAAAUCAGCCAACUGGUGGAGAUGGUGGGCGAUGAGUUCCAGCGCACUCAGGAGGAACUGGAAACCCACGGCCAGGAGAUAUGCCAGCACCUUAGUGGCCAAUUUAAAUCUGAAAGGGAGGAGAACGGCGGCUCCAAUGGUGGCGAUGAAGUUAACGAAAUGCUGCAAUCCCACUCAGAGGAGUUCACUGACAAGCAACUGAAUUUCGCUGGCGAACUGCGCAGCAUCAAUCGCCAACUCAACAUCAAACAGGAGCUGCACGAGCGCAUCAUUCGCAACUUUAGCCAGCUGGAGGGUGAGGACGAGGACGCCAAGCUGCGACAGUGCAACCAGAAGAUCGAUGACCUGGAGGCGGAACGGCGGGACCUCAUGGACCAGCUGCGCAACAUCAAGAACAAGGAUACCUCCGCCAAAAUUGCCGAGGAGCGACGCAAGCGUCUGCAGCUUUUGGAGCAGGAGAUCUCCGACCUGCGCCGCAAGCUGGUCACUCAGGCCAACAUGCUGAAGAUGCGGGAAAAGGAGCGCGAAAAGAUCCAAAACCUGAGUGGCGAGAUCCGGGCCAUGAAGGAGUCCAAGGUGAAGCUCAUACGGGCAAUGCGUGGCGAAUCCGAGAAGUUCCGCCAAUGGAAAAUGGUGCGAGAAAAGGAGCUCACCCAACUGAAAAGUAAGGACCGCAAGAUGCAGUCGGAGAUCGUGCGCCAGCAGACGCUGCACUCCAAGCAGCGGCAGGUUUUGAAACGCAAAUGUGAGGAGGCCUUGGCGGCCAAUAAGCGGCUAAAGGAUGCCCUCGAACGCCAGGCCUCGGCGCAGGCCCAGCGCCAGAAGUACGCCAAGGAUCACGGAGGCUCCGCCGCUGGCUCCUCCAACUCACACUCGAAGACCGACAGCUGGGUGGACCGCGAGCUGGAGAUCAUACUCUCUCUAAUUGAUGCCGAGCACAGUUUGGACCAACUGAUGGAGGACCGGGCGGUGAUCAACAAUCACUAUCAACUGCUGCAGCAGGAGAAGACCAACGAUCCGGCCGAGGCCAAGGAGCAGGCCCGCCUACUGGCCAGUCUCGAGGAGGAGCUCGAGAUGCGCAAUGCUCAAAUCUCUGACCUCCAGCAGAAGGUCUGCCCCACCGACCUGGAUAGCCGCAUUCGCUCUCUGGCUGAGGGCGUCCAAAGCAUUGGCGAGUCCCGGGCUGUUAGUAAGCAGCUCCUCAAGACUUUGGUGCAACAGCGACGCCAACAGUCGGCAAGCUUGAAUGAGCAGCGCACGGCCUUGGAUGAGCAGCGUACGCAGCUCCUGGAGGCCCAACAGCAACAGGAGACUGUAAAUAAACGCCUCCGUUUGGCCCAAACCGAGCACGAGGAGCAAAUGCUGGCCCAACAGCGCGCCUACGAGGAGAAGGUGGCCGUUUUAAUUAGAACAGCCAACCAGAGAUCGGGUGAAAUUAAGCCACCGGCGGCGGAGGAGCGGGAUCGCCAGCAGAUACUCGAAGAACUGCUCAGCAGCCGAGAGGCACUGCAGCAAGAGCUGGACAAGCUAAAAGCCAAGACCAAGGCGAAGGUCAAGGCGCCAAGGGUCCAGCCCCAGGAUGUCGAUGAUAGUGUGAUAAUGAUGGAUCCUUACGAAAUUAUAGAACCGAGCGAUAGCGGCAGCGACGAUCCCGAAUGGGUGCCCUCCAAGUCCAAAUCCAAGAGAUUCCAGUCGGACUCCAGCCGCAAUGUUGCGCUCACCCAGGUUUCAAGUCCUCCCGAUAGCCAGGAUGCCAAUACCACGUCGGCCGUCAAUGCAUCCAUCCAAUCGCUGAAUUCCACACAGGCCACGGAGGAGGGCAAACGCGGUAGGGGAUGCAAGUGUCGCACCAAGUGCAACACCAAGCGGUGCGGCUGCUUUGUGGGCAGCAAUGAAUGCUCUGAGAGCUGCGUUUGCAAGGGUCAGUGUCUCAAUCCGAUGAAUGCCAAGCAGCCACCACCGGAAAACGGCGGGGGUGAUGCCCAUACAGUCACGGAAAGCAAUGUAGACGCGGUGGAGGACUCUGAAAUGGCCGAGAAUGCUCAGGGUGAGCCAGACCAGACCACCAAGGAGAACUCGGGGAUCUUCACACCGCCGGACGCGCCCAACAAGGCCGUACUUUCGCCGAAGCGAUCGCUGCUGGAUCUUAAGAAUCCAUCCACACCGCUCGGCAAUGUUAACGCAGUGGAGGAUUUCAAUGGACCUAAGCUAACAAGAAUGUCGGGAUUGGCAUUUGCCACGCCCAAGCGGAAAUUCUUUUAAAGUUGCAAGGAACGCAAUGCAAACACGGAUCCGGAUGUGGUGAAACGGGAAACGGAAGUGGUGCCGCAGGAAUGAGUCGCCAGAUGCCUUUCAGCACGUUUUUAGUAGCUAGAUUAGACUCGUUUAAGUAUGUUUAUGUUGUUGUUUAGGAAAUGCUUCCCACAGAAUCCAUUUUAACCAAGAGUGUACAACCCAUUCACGUUUUAUAAUGUAACAAUAUAACAUCCAACAAUCUG